AUGGCGUUAAAAAGAUUCUUGAUAGGAGGAAAGGAAGGAAAGCUAAUGCUUAAGAAUGAUUUGGUAUCUGAAGCUCGUCCACAUGAAAACGAAAAGGAAAACCGAGGAAAUAAAAAAUCUUGCAAGACACCACCGAGAUCAGAAGUUCAACAUAAAAUUUAUGAUCAUGUUAUGUAUUGCAAGAAAGGCUAA